AUGUCAGAGUUGGAUUGGAUAAAUUUACCAGCGGCAGAGAAGGAACGAAUAGCAUUGUAUUGGGUCGAUCAUUAUAUACAUCCAACCAAUGGUAUCAUAUUCUCUAUGCAUGGAAAUGCCAACUACCUUCAUCAAUUCCGUUUGGUACCAUUCAAUAUAUUCAAACCUAGAUUCCAUGCACCAAAGGUCGUCAGUCUACCUGAUGGUUCAAUCACCGUGGACUACUGGCACUACGAUCAACAGUCAGGUCUAGUCAGACAUCACCUCGUACGAUUCAAUGAGAAGGGUAACAUUGUAGCGAGAUCAAUCAUACCACAUCAAUCACAGGCUCUGGCAUACAGUUUGAGCACAGCUGUUGUUCUAACAUUAGCUUUGUUGAGCAACAGAGUCAUCAGAAAGUCCUUGUUCCAGAGUAUACAUAAAGUUGCAUUGCUCCGCGGCCUGUUGAAGCAUUAA